AAUUGGCAGUGCACAGUCAGAUUCUGAUUCUGAGCGCGGCGGGUGGCGCACAAUUUACUUGGCGUUCUAGUGAAAAGUAAUUUUCUACAAAAAUCAAAAUCAGUUACUCGUUACUUUUUCCUUAGACGAGUGCUGUUUGUUUUGUUUAUAUGCGAAAUUAACACGAGUUCGACAUAUUCGUCUGGUGAAAAGUGUGAAUUGCCCAUAAGUUUUAUGAUUAUUGAAAUAUUUGCGAAGAAAUAUAGAAAACAAAUUUUACGCUCAAUUGAGUUGUUUAUUAGAAAUAAAAAUUGUAAAUACAUUAAAAAUAAUUAUAUGUACAUUUUAAAAGCUUGCUUAGCAUUAUUUAUGCACUGAUUUAAAAAAGGCAGUGAAAAACAAAUAAACAAGUUAAUAUUAAUAUAGAAUAUAAAUAAAUAAAUUGCAUUAACAAUAAAAAAGUGUUUAUAAAUAUUUUUGCAUUGUGCGCUGGUGACUAAGCUGUAUUACUACGAAUAAAAAAUUGUUAAUAAAAAAAUUAUGCGCAUACAUUUUACUUACUUUUACUUACUCAGAAAAAAUAUUAAAUUCUACAAGUUGCAUUAGCAAAUAACUAUAAAUAAUAGUGACAUAGAUAGUGAAGCGGAUUUUGAGGUUUUAUUAAAUAAAAAUAAUUUUGUCAAUAAAUUUAAUAAGUUUAUAACAAAAAUAAAUUCCAAUAAAUAUAAAAAUAAUUUUAUAAUAAAUUUGAUUUUAUAAUAAAACAAUUUUAAAUUAAAAUAAAAAUUAUUUUAUAUAAAUUAAAAAAAAAAAAAAAAUUUCAAUAAAAAUAAAAAUUAUUUUUGCAAUAAAAAUAGUUGUGUAAAUUCAUUUAAAAAGUUAUUUAAAAUUGAACUUUGCACCGCUAAAAGUUAUUGCUGUGUAAUAUAAACGGAUAGUGCAUUCUGCUAUUAAAAAAUUGAUUUUAUAAGCUCCACUACCACACUAUUCAAAAUGCAGAACACAACAGUCAAAUAUCUUUUGAUCUGCGCACUACUGUGUCACAUCUAUCAGCCGGUGAUGUCACAACGCACACCUUUAGAUGACACAUUUCGCAACAUAUAUCGACCGUUACGUGUGCUUGGUUUAAAUUUCGUUGGGCGUUCAGGUGACAAUCCGGAUAAUCGACAACUUGUGCGAGAUAUGGGCAAAACGCAAAACCUCAAUACACGCGCACGUUCGUUAGUGAAUUUCUGCGAUGCGUUAAAUGGACCGGGUAAACGCAGUGAAACACGUCCGACAUCAGUGCAUCGCUUACGUCCUGGUGAUAUAGAUAUUGUAGGUGCUAUGGGUGAUUCACUCACAGCUGGUAAUGGUAUUUUCGCAACGAAUUUGCUACAUGUGACAGUAGAGAAUCGCGGUAUGGUCUGGAGUAUUGGUGGACAAGGCACGUGGCGGCAAUAUUUAACACUGCCAAAUAUCUUGAAGGAAUUCAAUCCGAAUUUAUAUGGUUACUCGCUGAAAGAUGGACUCUCCACCGAUCGUAGUUCGAAAUUCAACGUCGCUGAGUUGGGCGCCAUGUCACGUGACAUACCAUACGAAGCGCAAGUGCUUGUCAAACGCAUGUCACGCGAUCCGAAAGUGAACAUGACAGCUGAUUGGAAGCUUAUCACUUUACUCAUCGGUAAUAAUGACUUUUGUUCGGAUGUCUGCUAUCUACCGAAUCCAGAGGAUGCGAUCAAGCGACACGAAGAGAAUAUGUUAAAGACAUACCGUUAUUUACGUGAUAACGUGCCACGUCUAAUUGUAAAUGUAGUGCCUUCGCCCAAAUUGGAUUUCCUAAUUGCAUUGAGCAGAAAAACGCCAGUUUGUCACACGACCUUGUCAUUCGAGUGCCCCUGUCUGGUGGGUAAAUCCAAACAGCAAGUGGCAAGAAUGAAGAGGCUGAUGAAAGACUGGGUUGCCAAGGACAAAGAGAUUGUCAAUAGGGACGAGUUUAACACUGAGACAUUCACCAUUAAUGUGCAGCCCUUCACACUAUUCGAAGACUUCUUUCCCAACAACGAUGAUGCGAUGAAAUUCAAGUUUCUUUCGGAGGACUGUUUUCAUUUGAGUCAGCGUGGACAUGCGAUCAGCGCCAAUUAUCUCUGGAAUAAUAUGUUGGAGGACGAUAAUAGCAAAAGUGUUAUGGUGGAACCAGCGUUAAUGGAAAAGUUCCACUGUCCCACAGAGGAGCACCCUUACUUAAUGACACGUGUGAAUAGCGUCAAAGGUUUUCAAGUUUAACUUUGAACGCGUACUUUCAACACUCAUUAGCGAUCACGCUAUUACUAAUUAUAUUCUAAAUUAUAAAUAUGUUUAUGUAAUUUAUUGAUUAAAGUCUGUGAUAAUGUAGUUAUAUUGUACUAUAUAGUUCAACUACGAUAAAUAUGCAUAAGCAAAAUUGUAUGAUAAUUAUUUAUGUAAAAUAUUUGUACACGUGAUAUUUGUGAAGUAAAAAAUGAACUGUAAUAAUUGUAUGCAAUUAAAUUAAUAAUUAUGACAAUAAAUACAAAUGUGACAAUUCUACAGAUGUGACAAUUAAUAAUA